CACCCACCCAUUUUCGUCGGCCUCCUCUUCCCCCCGCCUCGCCAGCCCGAAUUAGGAGCUACGACGAAUCUACCGGGCCGAGCUCGCCAGCUGGCCUCCCCGAGGGCGAGGCCCUAUCGGCUGCCGUUCCCCCAUUGACAGGGAGCUCAGCCCCGCCACCGCCGCGGCUGCGGCGUGUGGACGUAACCGGAGCUCCUCGCAGCCGCUGAUAAGAUCCGAAGGGUUCCUAGGCUUUUUGUGGCGGGAGGCGACUGGUUCCGUCGGGUGGUCCGGUGAGCAUGGCGGGGCCCAAGUUUGGGUCGUUCAAGGCAGAAAAGGGGGACUCAGCGGCGGCUGCAGGCGCGGCGGCGCAGAGGAGGGACCCAUACGAGGUGCUCGGGGUGGGGCGUAAUGCUACUGAGCAGGAGAUCAAGAGUGCCUUCCGCCGCAUGGCACUCAAGUACCAUCCAGAUAAGAAUUCAGACGACCCUGUUGCCUCAGAGAAGUUUCAAGAGGCCACAUUCUCCUAUAAUAUCCUGUCAGAUCCAGACAAGAGGCGCCAGUAUGACGCAUCAGGGUUUGAGGCCAUUGAAGCAGAUAGUCAGGAACUGGAGCUGGACCUAUCAAGUCUCAAUACUGUAAAUACAGUGUUUGCUGCUCUGUUUAGCAAACUAGGUGUUCCAAUCAAGACCACUGUCUCGGCAACAGUUUUAGAGGAGGCAUUGAACGGGUCAGUAGAGAUUUCUCAGCUUCAGCUGGGCAAAUCUCUAUGUAGGAAGGUAGAAAAGCAGUCAGCUCACUUUUAUUCUGUGGACAUAACAGAUAAAGAAGCCAAAAUGGGCUUAGUUUGUAGAGUUCAUUCAACUUCUAAAAGUAAAUUUAAGUUGCUGUAUUUUGAGCUUGAGGACAAUGGUGGAUUAAGCCUUGCUUUACAGGAAGAUAGUGCAAAAACUGGAAAAGUUACUUCUGCGGGCAUGUUCUUUCUAGGCUUUCCUGUGUAUCGGUUUGAACAAAAUAAUUCAGCUGCUGCUGCGAAGGAUCCUGACAGUGCUUUCUUUAAAAGAUUGGAUGGCUUUCAACCUUGUGAAGUAAAUGAACUGAAAGCAGGAAGCCAUUAUUUUGCUGUAUAUGGUGACAAUUUCUUUAAAAGUGCAAGCUAUACUAUUGAGGUUGUAUCUGCUGAACCCUUCUCUGCUCAAAAAGAGAAGCUACGAAGUGUGGAGGCAAAGAUAAUUGCAAAACGAUCUGAGCUGUCUAAAUUUGAGUCUGAGUAUCGCGAGGUUUUGGCAAAGUUUACUGAGAUGACUAGCAGAUAUGCUCAAGAAAUGCAAACGAUUGAUGACCUUCUAAAGGAAAGGAAUGCAAUUCAUGCAUCCUAUACCAACAACCCAACUCUGCAGCGGAGUUCCAGUAGCAGCAAAGGGAAAUCACCCUCUAAAGGGUCCAGAAGUGAGGAUGACCAAACUGUAAAGAAGGAAAAGAAAUCCAAGAGCCAGCCAAUGGAGGGAUCCAAAAGCGAUGAUGAGGGUCCCGAAAACAAAAAGGAAGAAACGCCUAAAGAUCGGAUUCGAAGGAAGAAGUGGUUCAACAUUCAUUUGAAAGUGGACAAGAGAAGGCCCUGCUGAUAACUGCGAUAUAUCAUGUACUCCUCAAGAUCUCUGCUCCAAGUACAAGGAAAAAAUUCCCAUUUGACGUCCAGGAAGAUGCAUCUUGUCGAUCAUUCCCAUGAUCAAGCCCAUUCUAUUUCCUGAAAAGUCAGGAACCUCGCCAGCUUCAAAAAUGGUGUAUGUACCACUUAGUUUUGGACCCCUAGUCGGAUACUGUUGUAUUUAUAUCAAGUUGGACGGUUAUGUACAAUAGAUACCUUAAUAGUGUGAUGUCCAGAAUGGCAGAAUCCAAUUCAGAUUU